AUGUAUAAGAGCCUUGCCGUUGUUCUUCUCGUUGUCGGUGUUGCUAGUGCAGCCAAUACCUUCAAUAUUCAACGUGUCAAAUCACCUUUCGUUCAACCAGAAUUACGUGUUGAUCUUUGCCCAACAUGCAUCAAUGUUGCUGAUCAAUCAAUCAACAUUUUACUCAAUUUAAUUCUUGACACUGGCAUCAUCGGAACAUGCGGCACAUUGUGCACAGCAUUAGCUCAAAAAACUGGCUCUCAACUCAUCGGCACAAUCUGCGAUUUAGUUUGCGAUGUUGUUGGUAUCGAAGAAUUCAUCAAAUUGAUCGAAAAAGCUGAUCUUGAUCCAAUCUGGUACUGUGAAAUCGCUAAAAUGUGUCCAAUCAACGACAAUGGUGAUGCUAAACUCACCAAAUUCGCAAUCUUACCAGCAACUGGACGACAAGGUACAACAUUCUCAAUUGACUUCACAUUCGUUUCAUUGAACGGAACUGGUACUGGCGAACUUGUUGUCGAAAUUCACACACCAGAUCACAUUCCACUUGGCGCUGGUUUCUUAUUGGAAGCUCAAAAACCAGGCACAUACAAUGAACGUAUCAGCGUCAAAGCUGAACCUGACCCACAAUGUGACCCAACUCAAGAACCAUGCGAACAAUGGGGACCAGGUGCAUACAAUGUAACUGUUUUUAUUUGUAAUGGUGAAUGCGGUUCACAUCAUCCUCAUUCCAGUAUCUAUGAUACUGGUAAAGGUUCAUUUCAAAUUACUCAAUAA